CUGACGACAGGCAGGGAGAUGGAUCGUGGCGUCAGCCUGGAGAACCCCUAUGCCAGCGUCAACAUCCCGCGGGACCAGUUCCAGCAGAGCUUCAUCACUCGCUACCUGAAGGAUGAACCCACCGUCAUCACCAACCCUGCAGCUGUGCCCACCUACAGCGUGAAGGAGCAGGCGGACCACACCGGCAGCGGAAACAGCCCAACCAUUUCCACGGAAAAGUCCUGGUCCCUCCCCUACAACCCCUACGCCAGCCUGAGGAUGCCCAACAGGGAAUCGCGCAAUUCCUUCUACACCAUCACCCUGAACAGGCCACCCAAGGGCCGGGAGCAGGAGGCCGAGGCGGGAUGCGGUUGCUGCAAGUGCUGCUGCUGCUGCAGAAAGUGCUGCUGCGUCAUCUCGUAA